UACAAAAAAAAAUGAAACGAGAAAAAAAGGAAACCAACAACUACGACAAGUCUCCCUUUGCAAUUUGCAGACGUUUCAACUCAAGAUCACUUGACUAGGACCAGAGAGUCAACGACCCACAUCACACGCUCCUAGGUUUCACUUAGAAUCAACUUGUUACAUUAAGCUCUUUAAAUUCAAGGGUUCCAAGCAGGGGCGGAUCUAGCAAUUGAUUUUGUAUGGGGCAUGCAGUGUAAAUCAAAUAUAAAACAGAAGCUCUUACAUAAAAUUUAGGUUAAUUACUGGAAGAAAAAUGAAAAUCAGUGUGGGGCACAUGCCACACCUAACCCCUUCUUGGGUCCGCCCCUGGUUCCAAGGUAGUACUAGAGUCAAGAGAGAGGAGGAUCAAAGAAAGAAUGGAUAAGAACAAUACCAGAACCAUUGUAAGGCUAGCAGCUCUGGUGAUUGUUUUCGUUGCCCUGGUUUUAAUGGAAGAACCUACAAGUAUUCCCGUAUGUAACAUCAACGCAAACACAUUGGAGAAAUGCCGUCCAGCAGUCACAGGAAACAACCCUCCGCCUCCAGGUAUUGAAUGCUGCAUAAUCCUCCAAGCUGCUGAUCUCGAAUGUGUCUGCAAGUUCAAAUCUCAUAUCCCCAUUUUAGCGACCAAAUCAUCUAAAGUCCAUGAUCUUCUGAGGAAAUGUGCCAUUAAUACAAUUCCUCCUGCAUGCCAAGCUUUAAAGAAUUGAUGUGGAGACAUACCAUUCUACCACGGACAGGUCUGCUUGAUCUUGUCUUGCGACUAAUCUGAUGUCUCUGGAUUACAAUAUGUUAUAGUGUUUUUGAUCCAAAUAAAUCAUAAACUUGUAACGAUCUUUGAUCACCUCGUGUCUAUAUAGAAGAACCAUUGUAUA